CCUGAAAUUGCUGACCAGCCCACUCUGGUCACACCACUGUCUCCACCUUCCUGCCCCACUGUGGAUCACGUUAUGCUGUCAUUUUAUAAAGCCAAUGGACUACAGCGCUCAGUAGACACUUCUGGACUCAGACGGCAAGCCAACUACUCCUCUGACACCCAGAACAGAGAGAUUUGAGUCAGAAUGGUGGAACGCUACGACUGCUCAGAGUGUCAAGAGUCCUUGUAUGGACAGAAGUACCUGCUGAAGGAGAACCUUCCCUACUGCAUUAAAUGCUAUGAGAAACUUUUCUCCUCCAACUGUGAACUUUGCAAAAAGCUCAUUAGCUGCACGAGCAAGGAUUUGUCUUACAAGAAUCGCCACUGGCAUGGCGAGUGCUUCCUCUGCAUUAAGUGCAACCGGUCUCUGGUGGAUCGGCCCUUUGCCACCAAGGAUGAUCUGCCAAUGUGCACCGACUGCUACAGCAAUGAGUACUCUGCCAAGUGCCAUGCAUGUCUGAAGACCAUCAUGCCAGGCUCCAAAAAGAUGGAGCAUAAGGGCAAAAGUUGGCACGAUAACUGCUUCUCCUGCAACCGUUGCCAGCAGCCCAUCGGCACCAGGAGCUUCAUCCAGAAGGACGCCAACCACUACUGCCUGCCCUGCUAUGAGAAGCAGUUUGCUCUGAAGUGUGUCCACUGCAAACUGCCAAUCAUCAAUGGAGGGGUGAACUACCGCGACCAGCCCUGGCAUAAGGAGUGCUUCCUCUGCAUCGGAUGUAAGCAGCCACUGGCCGGCCAGCGGUUCACCUCUCGGGACGACUACGCCUACUGCCUCGCAUGUUUCUGCAACCUGUUUGCUAAGAAGUGUGCUUUCUGCACCACCCCGAUCAGCGGUCUUGGUGGCAGCAAGUACAUCUCGUUCGAGCACCGCCAGUGGCACAACGAGUGCUUCAACUGCAAAAAGUGCUGCGUUUCCCUGGUGGGUCGAGGUUUCCUGACCAGCGACGACGACAUCCUCUGCCCCGACUGCGGCAAAGACAUGUGAGCAAACUUCCUGAUGCCGGAGAGGAAUCUGGAGAGCAGAGCGGCCGCCUCCUAAUCUGUUUGGUUUAUGAGUUUCUCACACAUUAACUUGCUUCUACUGUGUUUUCUGCAUGCGCUGAUGAUUCUGUGUUUUCAAGGAAUAAGCUGAAACCUUCAUUCCACAGUUUCUGUUUCGCUUUCACGUGAAGAAUCCUUAUGAGCAGAUAAACUGUGCAUUUCGUUUUGCAAUGAAAGUGUAUGUGGCGUCAAGAUGAAUGUUUCUGAGCGAUGUUUCACAAGCAUUAAAGCAUGUGAAGAUGAUUUAAUGAAUGUCACUAUGACCUGAUUGUGACUACUAAUGCUAUUUGUUCUAAUUACAUCAUUUAUGUUUAAUAAAAUCUAAAUCUAAUAUACAAAAUAACGUUUUUUUUUUUGGCUUGACAGAUGUUUCAUUUACUUAAAAUACCAAUUUUAAUCAAAAUCUACCCACAUGAAUCACAUGAAGUACACUUUUCAAAGGUGACAGUUGCAGUUUAGACAGUUAGACCUCAUUGUUUAUUGAGUUAGCUUUAGGCUAGUUUGCUUCUUAUUUUAACUUUUACAGUAAAAUAAAUAAUUCAUAGUAAUUUUGUCAUUUUCUUAUCCAGGCUAUGAAAAAGUUGGGCUUCUUGGAAAUAAAACUUAUUUUUAAAUUCCACAAAACAGAAUUCUGGUAAAAUUGGAUUUAGCUAAUUCUGUUGUUCGAUUCAUAACUAGCUGGAGUCAGAGCCAUUUAGUUUCUUAUGUUUGUUUUCUAAUUCUGGUGAAUUAAAUUUUGAUUUUAUUUCUCCAGAAUUACACUUCAGUUGUAUUAUUGUCCAUGGCAGCAGUGGAGGAUUUUUUUAUGAGAGCAUGUGCUGAUAAUUCUGUGUUUCAUAUAAAUAAGCCUUUAUUCCACAAUGUUUUCUUAAAUGUUUUUUUCUGUUUAGAUGAAGAUUCACUUACAGCUUUCCAGCUUUUAUGUGAAGAAUCCUUAUAAGCAAAUAAACUGUGCACCUCAUUUUGGAAUGGAAGUGUAUGAGGCAUCAAAAUAAAUGUUUCUGUGAGAGAUUUUUGAGCAAAUAAAAGCAUGUAAAGUUGAUUUAAUGAAUGUCACUGCAACCUGAUUGCUACUACUGACGCUUACAUCAUUUGUGUUGAAUCAAAUCUAAAUCUAAUAUACAAAAUAAAGAUUUUAUUUGA